GAAUUCAGUGGUUGGAACGAGCAUUCGACUCGGAAGGUCAUUUUCGAAGAUUCAAUGAGCAGUUACCGUCUAAGCUGGCGCCGAGGCCCGGUGGACCGCGAGAUUAUUCGGAUGAUACGCCGAUCACAAACAGCGGAUAUGCCUAUUGUAUCCGUACUGGUGAACUGCUUCGCGAACGUGGUAUCAGUAUAGACUUUAUUUAUUCGUCGCCAGCCUAUCGUUGUAUGCAAACGGCACAAGGCAUUCUCGAAGGAUUGCAAGCCAAAGAACUACGCAUCCGUAUUGAACCGGGUCUAUUCCAGUGGAUGCGGUGGUGUAAGCAUGGAUUACCGACGUUCUUGAAUCCGAGUGAAUACGAAGAAGCUGGUUUUCCAGUGGAUAGCUCAUAUGAGGGGUUCGAUGAUGCGAAAGAAUUCGACGAGAAAGAGACACUUCUCGAUUAUUACACUCGAUCAUUCGCCAUUGUUCAACGCAUUCUCAAAUUGCAUCCCAAA